AUGAAGAAAUGUCAUAGAAUAACUUCCUGUCAGUCGUGUUCAGUCAUUCAAAGAGAGGAGUCAGAUUUGCCGCACGGAGUGAAGCACGUGCCCUGUCACAACACUACACCAACCGCAUUCAGUGCUGCAGGCGCCUGCUCAUGUGAGGCUUCAAGAUCAGCACCAGCAAUGGCACGUUUUGUACGAGAUGAGGAUAUUUCCCAGCUUCUCCAAGAACUUGAAGAUGAAGAACGAGAGAAUAUGGACCAACCGGACAGAGAGAAUAUCGACGAUUCAGAUAUCGCAAAUGAAUUUGAGGACGAAAUACUUCACCACCAACUUACCGACUCUGAGUCUGAACAAGAAAAUGAACAGGUUAUGGACUUUGAACAUCCUGGUGCUCCAGAAUCAGAUGAUUUUUCAUUUUUUAUAGGUAAGGACAAAGAAACUAUUUGGUGCAGCAAACCAGUAUCGUCACAAUCUAGAACCAGCGCAAAGAACAUUGUUAAAAUCUUUCCAUGUCCUAAAAUAUCUGCCCGAGACACAGCCACAGAAUUGGACGCGUUUUUGAAAAUUUUUGAUUUGAUAUGA